AAUUGUAACACAGUGCUGUUAUUUCAGAUCAAAUUUUCUCAAGGGAUAACCCGACUACUUGCAUCAUAUACAAUGAGAAACCAGCCACACCAACCUGCGUGGGGGUCUCAGUAACCUGAUUAGCCAGCCUGUCAGUAAUAAUAAGGCCAGGUCUUGGAUCUAGGACCCAUCGCUGCAUCAGCUUGGGUAAAGAGGAUUUGUGUCCAGACCCCUGCUUUGCUGUUCCAGACAGAAAAACCCGCAACACCAAGAAAGGAAUGCCUAAUCCCACACCAGACACUUGGACAUGUCCCGACCAGUUUGAGAGAGAUGGGUCAUCCGAACUGUCACCCCAGACUUUGAGGAAGCCACCUGGGCAUCUGAAGUUGGCACGCAGCAUUUCUAAAUUAGAAUGCGACCUGCUGGCUUCCCCUCAUUGUGAGGACGACGGGCCUCUUGAUGGCCGGAGCGAACCCCUGUCCAACUGCGCUGCUGAGAGGAAGGAAAUGGACCAGAUGCCAUCGUUUGCCUCUGAAUGGGACGAGAUUGAAAGGAUCAUGAAUCUAAUUGCUGGCACCGAGAUCUCCAAGGAGCAUCAACCUGCAUCUGAAGAUGCAGCUGGGAGCCGCGUGCUGGAGCAAUCAGUGGGGGAGUGGCUGGAACACGUGGGCUUUCCUCAGUAUGAGAGCAAACUGGUGCUCAAUGGCUUUGAUGAUCUGCGCUACAUGGGGAGUAACGUGAUGGAAGAUGAGGACCUUCAGGAAAUUGGCAUCACCGACCCAGGCCACAGAAAAAAAAUCCUUCAUGCAGCGAAAAGCCUUCCAAAGGUGAAAGCUCUGGGGUGUGACGGCAGCACCUCUCUGUCUUCAUGGCUGGAAACUCUGGGUCUUGGAGAGUAUCUGCACAACUUCCUGUCUAGCGGCUACCGAACCCUGGACUGCGUGAAGAACCUGUGGGAGCUUGAAAUUGUUAAUGUGUUGAAAAUUGGCCUUCUUGGUCACAGAAAAAGAAUCAUAGCCUCGAUAGCAGAGCGACCGUAUGAGGAAGCACCUUCAAAAUCCAACCGCUUUUCCCAACUCAAGAUUCAGGACCUGUUGUCUCAAAAUACGUCACCGCUCAGUUAUAUGGAUCCCUACACCAGUCGCUCCAUGGAUAUGCUGUUUCCGCUGGGAGAAUCAGGCAGAAAGGGUCGAGCGUUGGAUCAGGAUGGCAGUAUUUCCCUUCGCUCCUUCGGUGAAAGAUCACGCUCACAUGACCGUCAUGCGGAUCGACAUUCACGUCUAAGUAUUCGCCCUUCCAGCCACUCUGCCACAUACACCACAGUCUCCACCUGGCACCAUCACCCUGAGAAACUCAUCACCGAGUCCUGCGUUUAUGAGGCUAGAUAUUUAGGGUCUGUGAUCAUCCGAGAUCUUCGAGGAAUUGAAUCUACACAGGAGGCCUGCGCUAGAAUAAGGAAAUCAAAGGAUCACCGGAAAGGUCCCGUCAUAAAACUGAAUAUCACCUACAGAGGAGUCAAGUUUGUUGACGCAGCAACCAAGGUGAUGGUUGCAGAGCAUGAGAUCCAGAACAUCUCGUGUGCGGCCCAGGAUCCAGAUGAUCUUUGCACAUUUGCUUACAUCACAAAAGAUCUGAAGUCUGGUUACCACUUCUGCCAUGUCUUCACUACAGUAGAAGUGACACAGACCUAUGAGAUCAUCCUGACGCUGGGACAGGCGUUUGAGGUGGCAUAUCAGAUGGCUCUCCAGGCACAGAAGGCCCGUCGUCACAGUUCAUAUGCUGGUCCAGCCUCCGAAAACAUAGAAAUCAAGACUACCAGGCCCACCUCUCAGUCCCGCAACAGUGUGCGCCGCUCCACCGGUGCACCUGUGCUUGAAUGCUGCUGCUGUUACUGUCACACGUGCUCCGCCCACCGCCCCUCCUACCUCCCGCUGCCCUCUAUCAGCCCUGGAGUUCAGAUCAACCCUCUGGAGCCGGAAAUGGACCUGCAGUCCCUGGGCAGCACCAGUUGGCUCUACGAACCACGGGAGUCCUCCAGGCCUUCGAGUAGCACCAAGUAUGAGACCACCAUAUUUUGAAGCAGGGCACGGCCAAUCCUUGUCCAAUCCCGCCUGCUGCCCCAUUUCAACCCCACGCCCCAUAAACUCGAGUGCCCUGUGCCUUCUCACUGUGAUUUGUAGCCUCCCUCAGGGCAAGACUACUUCCCACUCCAGUCUCGACCCCGGCGCUUGCCUGCAUUGCUCUCUCGGAGAGCCGUAUGCCUCCACCUUCCUUUUUUGGCUUAUUGACCGAUGAACAAUUUCUGGAAUCCCUGGAUUUGCCGUAUAACCAGCCUCCUCUAAUUCUUCCAUCAUGGUCCGAAAUCGCCUCUGAAAGCUGCCCUAUUUUAUACAUUAUGCUGAAUGUUUACGGUUCGGUCCCUUGUAUCAGAGGGUUCUCUAUCAGAAAACCUCUGAACUUGACUCGAACACUUGUAGCAUUUCUACAUCUCAUCCGGAUGGACAUGUCAGCGGAACUUUAUUAGAAAUGAGUAGAUCCAUAAACUCUCUGCCUGCAACAGCAAUACUAGAACUGUUUUUCAAGUUUACAUACAUUCACGAUCAUGAAUGCAACGCAACGCAGCUUCCCAUCGCCGCUCGUCCAACCCUGUAGCACUAGAUUACUCCCCCCACCCCUUCAGUUCUUCACUUGGGUCUGUCAUCUCGAUUCACAUCCAGUGCUUCCUUUUGUCUUACCAGGCAUCUGCAGCUCUGUGGCCCUCUGAAGAAGAGAACGUUUAGAGGUUAGGAUUUGAAAUGCAAUACGGUUUUAAUGGGAAGAGUAGAAUACAGCCCCAAGAAAAUGGAAUAACCAAGACAACAUUGCAUUCUGUUUUCUCGUUGGAAUUUAAUUGUCAUUUUAUCUAAUAAGAGAAUCCAUUUGGUUUCGUAAAGUUCUAUAUUUGUAACUUUACAUUGUUAACAUCACAUAGUAAGUGUGUGUAUAACCUCUAUGUUCAUUUUGUGAUUGAUGAUUUGUUCUGUAAAAUUGUUUACCUCUGAGAUUUCCACUACAAAGUAAUUUGCAGAGAGUAUUUUCGUAGACAUAAAAAUAGUAAAUGUUACUACUUUCAGUUGCUAAAAAAUUCCCACAGUGACAAUUGUCUUUAGAGAGAAGAUAAUGAAGCCAAGAAAAGAAAAAGCACUAAGAAAAAAAGGCUUAUGCAUAUUGUGACAAUGUACUGAAAGUUUUGAAGACCACUCUAAGUUUGCGCCACUUUGUUAAUUCACAAAAAAAAAAAAGAAAUUGUGUUUUAGAUGCUAGACAUCUGCUGUUUUACUUUGGCUAAAUGGCACAAGUCAAUUUUACAUUCUUGAUGUUUUAUGUUUUGUCUUGUUUCAUGUUCCACGUUCACACAAAAUCUAAGUAAGAUUUUUUUUCACUCAUAGUUUUAAAGGAGUAACAACCACAUUUUUAAACCAAAUUCACACACAGAACAUUUAAAGGGACAGUUCACACAAAAAUUUAAAUCCUGUCAUCAUUUACUCAACCUCAAGUUGUUCCAAACCUGUAUGAUUUUCAUUCUUCCGUUGAACACAAAAGAAGAUAUUUUGUUGCUAGCAGCCAGUGACUUCCACCGUACGGAAAAAAUAUACAAUGGAAGUCAAUGGCUACCGUCAACUGUUUGGUUUGCUAACAUUCUUCAAAAUAUAUAUUAAGUUCAAUAGAGAACAUUAUAUUAUAUCAUUACAUAGAUCAGUGUUUAUAACCGUUGUUGCUGUGGUAAAACUUGUCAGGCAUUUUGCAUUCAGAAAAAACUCCUGUGUUUCGUACACAUACAGAAUGAUAAUUGAGGAGAUUAAUUUCUCAUUUAAACGCUGUUGUCGCUUCCAAAACAUUGCUGUGUGAACAUGGCUGGUUUUUAUCGUGUGGAAAGGACCGUUCGCUAGAGUUUGAUUCUGGAUGUUCAGUUACUUCUGAACUGCACUGUUUGUCUCUCAUGUCUGGUUUUAUGGAGUUAUAUGUUAAAGUUGUGCUAAUUUCUUUGUGACUGUGUUGCACAUCCUCAACUUCCAGACAUCACAAUCAUCCUCACUCAUUAACAACCUUCGUUUGCCAUUGUUUUGUCCCAUUACCUAACUCAAGAUUGCCAAAGAGGCUAACUCAAGAUUAAUUUCACUUAUGAUGUCACAUCCUGUAAUGUGAACUUUGAGUACUACUUUUCAGAAAUGCUGUUUCACAUUUUGAAUAUUUCCAAUUUAAUUAGCAGUCCUGUCUGGGCUCUGACAACUUUAUAGAGAUUUUAGAGCAUUCCCAUUUCUGAAUUCCAAUAUAUUUUUCCUUGUGUAGCUGACUCCACCUUUCAAGUUUCCGGACACCAAGGUGUGAAUUGAAGGGGACUCAGGUGAAACUUUAUGUGUGAGUCCAAAUGAGGAAGAAAUUGAGUGAGUAUGCAAGAGAGAAAGAGAAAUGCAAAAUUAGCACUUAACUGCCGUACCAAACAGACUGUCCAAAGUUUCUCCUACUGCAAAAAUAAACUUGAAUACGGACAUUACUCAGCCGAUAAACAGAUUUGCUGGUGAUGUGGAAAUGGACAUUACACAUCGAUAUUAAAAUAUGAAUCACCAUGAUAUUCAGUUUGACUGAAUCUCACAAAGCAAUGUCAUAUUUCACCCCAACAUCAAAAGCAAGAUGCUUUGAAGCAAAUAAAUCCUGUUUUCAAGACUAUUAAGAUUGUUUGCAUUGCAGGCAUUCAUUUCUAGAAACAUUUUGCUGGAAAUUCUGUAAUGUGGGCAGAAAUCAUUAUAAUUACUGUAUUAAAAUCAGUAUAAAUUAAAUACAGUACAACCAAGACGUUUACUAACAAUUGUACUUUUUUAAAUUAUUUUCUCAGUAUGAAAACAAGCAUUUUGGGUUGUUAUUUGCUUAAUUGUCAUGACAAAUCCUAAGAAUAGGUUUUGUUUGCUUCAUAUUUUGAUUUUGGGGGAGAAAGGUGAAGUUUGUUUUUUUCAUGAGAUUCACUCAUUUAUGUUGUUAAAAGCACGCAAGCAGAAAUUUGUGGGAUCUCUUGAAAACUGGACUUCUAUUUCCUAAACACUGUGUGAAAAUUGUACGUUUAGUGUUGAAUGUUUCCUCUUAAACUGUGGUUUAUUUUCAUACAGAGAAGGACUUUGUGUGGGACAUUACCUAAAAAUAAUCUUUUUGGACUCACUUGGUGUACAUUAUAGAACUGCUUGUUGAAGAUUUGUGCCAUUUAAAACAAAAUGGGUCCAAAUGUGGACCUGAAAUGGAAACUUUGUGGUUGAAAAGAAGUACUUUUAUGUAAAUCAGCAAAAAUAUUUCUACUUGUAUGAGAAGAGUCCAGCUAAAUCGAAAUCAAACCAGAGGUUGAUGCAAUGAUCUUACUGUGAAAUAGCAAAGAUGUAGCAUAGGCUAUUGAUUUGCCAUAUGAAAACAGAGCUGAAUUAAAUGUCACUUUAUUGCCACAUAUCAUAAA